AUCCUUUGCCAUGGCACCGCCCCCGCCACUUCCGCCACGAAACCAGAGGUCCCUCCCCGACGCCGGAAGUCCCGCGGCCCUGCUUCCGCGCGGACCUCCCCCAACCCGGCGCGGAGAAAAGGCUCUGCUUCCGGCCCCGGGUGGGCGCCGGCUGGGCUCGCGGUGCGCGGCGGAUCGCAGUCCCGGGAGCGUCUUUCCCCCGUACGUUGGCGCGGGAAGCUCGGGCCGCGGCCGCGUCAGAAGAGUGCCGGUCCGGGCGCGAGACUCGUGCGGGGCCAUGAACGGGACCGUGAACCCGCUGCUGGAUCGCGAGGAGCACUGCUUGCGGCUCGGAGAGAGCUUCGAGAAGCGGCCGCGGGCCUCUUUCCACACCAUUCGCUAUGACUUUAAGCCAGCAUCUAUAGAUACUUCUUGUGAAGGAGAGCUUCAGGUUGGCAAAGGAGAUGAAGUCACAAUUACAUUACCACAUAUUCCUGGAUCUACACCACCAAUGACUGUGUUCAAGGGGAACAAACGGCCUUAUCAGAAAGACUGCGUGCUUAUCAUUAAUCAUGACACUGGUGAAUAUGUGCUGGAGAAACUCAGUAGCAGCAUUCAGGUCAAGAAAACAAGAGCCGAGGGGAGCAGUAAAAUCCAAGCUCGCAUGGAACAGCAGCCCACUCGUCCCCCACAGCCACCACAGCCACCACCACCUCCACCACCUAUGCCAUUCAGAGCUCCGACAAAACCUCCAGUAGGACCCAAAACUUCGCCCUUGAAAGAUAACCCCUCACCUGAACCUCAACUGGAUGACAUCAAAAGAGAGCUGAGGGCCGAAGUUGACAUUAUUGAACAGAUGAGCAGCAGCAGCGGGAGCAGUUCCUCUGACUCGGAGAGCUCGUCAGGAAGUGAUGACGACAGCUCCAGCAGUGGGGAUGAGGACAAUGGCCCGGCGUCCCCCCUGCAGCCUGCACACCAGCAGCCCUACAAUAUCAGGCCGGCUGUCGCCAAUGGAACCAGCCGGCCACAAGGCAGCAGCCAGCUCAUGAACACACUCAAGUCUCUACGCCAGAAGAGAUUUAAGGCAAAAGAAAGGAUCCCGACAAAGAAAAUUAGGAGCAGAAAGGAGAAAUGACUUGCAGUUGAGUGAGUCUGGCAGUGACAGUGAUGACUAGACGCGGCUCUUUCGAAAUCAGCUUCUCGUGCACAGAUGUGCUGCUGGACCCGGCUGCGCUCGCACAGAGCCCCAUGCUGAGAGGGACACACUGUGGAUCAGUGACUGUGUAGGAGUUUGAGGCUCUGGAGGUCUCAGAUAUUCAAGUCUUUAACUUAGUGGUGGUGGGUGAUUUUCUCGUAUAAUUUCCGAACAAUCUCCUGUUGCAAAGUAGAACUGUGAUAGAACUAACAGAAUUAUAUUUCUAUUUGAUUAACACUGUUCAUGGACAACAGAUCAAUGUGCCCUGGUCUAGGUUACUCAAAGGCCUUUAUCUCUAUCAGGCCAGUGAUUCCAUUUUAAACCUCAGCAGCCACCUGUUUGGCCAGGUGGUUUGCACCAGUGAAAUGAAACCUGGUCUUUGAGGGGUAGGAGAGGGAGGGAAACCUCAAACUGCAGCAUUGAAAUAUGUUAAAACCACUUCACACUGCUGAGACAAAGUGGUAAGGAAGUUUUGUUGGACCCAACCUGAUAAGCUGUGUAGAAACAGACUUCAAGAGAGAGUCCUAGAGCAUCUGCCGGGCAGGACCCUGGAGCUCUGCUAGUUCAACCCCCUCAUUUACAAAUAAGGAAAGAGAAGCCCACGGUUGGCUACGGCUGGUCUCGUGCCCCCACUCCAGACUUUCCCUGCUGCUCCCUCCCUUGAAUCUCACUUAUUGGAACUGGAGAUUAUUAUACUUGACACUGAUAGCUGUACAUUGGAGCUUUUAUUGGAUUCCAAAAGACAAAACUGUUGGGUACGUCUGACUCAGAUUCUGAUCCAGAAAGUCUCUAACUCCAUGAGGCUAGGUGAGCAGGUUAAACCAUCAGCCACCAUGCUGACACUCAAGGUACAGUCAGAUGGGGGCUCUUAGUUCCACGUAGACCCAUACUAAGGGUUCUUUAUUCAGUGCAUUCUAGUAGGGGGAGGUAGGAGUGGAAGAGAGGUGUACUGAAGGAAGCUUUCCAAACAAAAGAACCAGCAGCAGGUUUUCAAAAACCAGAAUCUAGAUAGGAAGCAGUUCUGCAAUAUGAAAUGAGCACAUUCUUUGAGAAGACAUUUCUGUUCAUGCUUUUCUACCACUGUUUGUGCCUGACUCCCCGACCAAUCUGUAUUUUUGAUAUAAGAAAGUCACAAGAUUGCCUUUUUGCCAUGUGUGGUUUCCACGUGAAUCUUACAGGAAACUGGUCACUAGUAAAUGUUCCGUAUUGAGUGAAUGUGUGAUAAAUUGUCCUGUGAUUAGUAUGGAAUAGCCCAUUUCUGUAAUUGGAAUGAAUACAAUUUGAAGGUCCUGAGAAAUUUCUAUUUACUUUGGUUCAGUGGGUAUCAAGAACAUUAAAAAUGAUUUUCCUUCCUUGGGUUCCUCCACUUAAAGAUGGCCUCUGCUUCCUCUGUUAGUGGAUGGAAGCAGUCUGGACCUGGGAAGGAAGUAGAUGAUUCACAGUGGGGGCUCUGGGGAGAGUUGCACCUUAUAGAAUCACCUGUUGGAUGGACACAGUGCCUCUGGGUGAGCUGGAGAUGUGGGCCUGGCACCGUCAUCCAGCAGCACACUCACACCACCCCACCCAGUACAGAUAAUAGGGUAACACAGUAGUCCUCUAUGGUGGGUUCUUAAUGCAUCAUGAUGUUUCUGUGGGUUUAAGGGCAGGUAGGAAUUUAUUUAUAAUGAAUUGAUAAUUGUUUUUUAAUUCCUUGGUAAUGACAGCUCAGGGAAGGUGCGAGUCAUGACUGGGAGACUUAUUACUGGAUAUGGGAAUUGGUUCAGAGAUCUUAACUUGCUCAACUUGGGGCAGGUUCCAGGAACUUGAACUAAAAAUAUCUAUUUAAACCUCUCUCUCUCUUUUUUUUCUCCCAACGUCUUGAUUUAUACAGACAGAAUUGUGGUUUUUGGUAUGUUGGGUCAAGAUGUUUGUUUCUAUAGGAAAUGCUUGCAUAUGGCACUGGAUUUGGUGAUUUGAGCUCUCUAGGCUUCAGACCCUUUCCUCUGUCACCCAUCCUGUCUCACACUGCAUGGUUCUCCUCUAGCCUGUUUCCAUUUUGUUCUCUGCACAAAGCCCUCUUGGUUCCCUCACUCGGCCCUCUAUCUUCACCCACCAGAACAAGAACAAGAACAAGAACAAGGAAUCUUUUCUUUUCAGAAAUCAAGAAUUUGGCCUCAGAGACUACUUCUCAUGAGUAACCUCAUGCCAGCCUCACUGGACUUGGUCUUUGUGCCUCUGUGCCUUUUCAGUGUCUCCCUUCCCUCUGCCCCGCCAAGCCCCAGUCCUGACACUCUGGAGACGCCAUCCUCGUGGACUCUUCCUCUGUUCGUUUCUGCCCACUACUGUGGACAUACUGACCUUCCUCUUGCCUGAGCUCUGGUUGCUGUGCACUCCUUAAAAGCAGGGACUGUCCUUCUCAUCUCUGUUCCUUGGGGUGUCCACAGGAAUAGAUAUUCAGAUGCUUAUGGCCUGGUGGGGAGGAGGGAGAGAAAACCAACCAGUGGAGUACAGAAGGUAGACAUAGAGAAAACAUUCCAAUUCCAGUUUGGAGACAGCUGGAAAUGAUCCAUGCUGAUUUUCUUGGUUUUGAAGUCUCUAACGGAAUUGUUCAAAUUGCCUUUUCUUUGUCUUGUACACCUUCUACCAUACCGUGGGUCUUUAGGCAAGGUAUAAAGACUUAAAUCCGAGGUACCCAAGGAGCCAUGGCAAACCACAGUAAAGAUGUGAUUUGGAGAAAUGUAAUACAAACGAGAUGUGUGAUGAUGCCACUCAUUAACUACUUUAUUUCUAGAGCAGAAUCAUUGUUUUCUGUGUGUGGUAUUAAUAUUUGUGUGCUUCAGUGGUGGGAAAACUUGAAAAUUCCAAAAUCCUUGCUAUCUUUAUUGAGAGGCUGGUUAAAUAGGGUAUGUAUUGGGGGGGGGUGUGUAUGUGUGUGUGAGAGAGAUGUAUUUAUUACAUUAUUUUGAAAGAUAAUAGUCUGUUCUGUGGAUGUAUAUUAUUAGGUACAGCCAAGUUGGAAGUUUCCAUUUGGCAAGGAAGGUAGGAUUUCUGAAACUCAGGCCUUAACCAGUAGGUUGGAAGACAAGACCAAUUGAAGCGUUAUGAAAUGUUUUUGUUGCUUCUGUCCUCUCUGUCUUGGGUUUGUUGUCUUACUCUUUAAUGAUUUUUAAAAAUCUCGUGCCUAAAACUUUAUUUUGCAUAAUUAUGAAGUAGAUGUGCAUGUUUACAUUUAUGUAAAAUAUUUGCUGUGUAAAGUUUUUUUUUUGUUUGUUUAUUCUCUUAAAGAUCACUAUAUUU